CACGUCUUCCUCCUCCUCCCCCUCCCCCUCCCAACCAUUUCUCCACGAGGCAACACGCGCCAACGAACCUCCCGAGCCGCAGAAUCCCACCCGGCGUGCUCGCAUUCCUCGCGCUGUCUCCCAGGCUUCAACCGGUCACGCACCCGCGGCCCUCGCCGCCGCCGGCGCCAUGCCGCGGCUGGGCGAGACGGCUGUGGUCCCCAUUGACGUGGACGGCGGCGGCGGAGGUGGGGGCCAGGACCGGUCCAAGAGCCCGCGCCACCGGAGCCAUGGCCCCGGGCACCACGGCCGCCACGGGCCGCACCACCAGCACCGGAGCCGCCCGCCGCCGCCGCCGCCGCCGGAGUUCCGGCCGUUCCGGCGGUGGUUCCCGUUCCUGGUGCCGCUGUUCAUCGCCGCCAACAUCGUCCUCUUCGUCCUCACCAUGUACAUCAACGACUGCCCCGCCCACGCCGAGGCCGCCGGUGCCGCGAUAGGGGGAUCCGUCGGCGAGAGCGCCACCGCGCAGGGGUGCUGGCUGGCGCCGGAGCUCGGGAGGUUCGCGUUCCAGUCAUUCAAGGAGAACCCACUCGUCGGUCCCUCCUCAGCGACGCUGUUGAAAAUGGGGGCGCUAGAAACCAGUAAAGUUACCAAAGAUCACGAAGGCUGGCGCCUCAUUACAUGCAUUUGGUUGCAUGCUGGAGUUGUCCACAUACUUGCUAAUAUGUUGAGUCUCCUAUUGAUUGGAAUCAGGCUCGAGAAAGAAUUUGGUUUCAUGAGGAUUGGUACGCUGUAUGUGCUCUCUGGGGUUGGUGGUAGCUUGCUGUCUGCUCUGUUUAUGGUGUCAAAUAUAUCUGUUGGUGCUUCAGGUGCACUAUUUGGACUAUUGGGCUCCAUGCUGUCAGAGCUGAUAACGAAUUGGACGAUAUAUGAGAAUAAGUUUGCAGCAUUAUUGACUCUAGUAAUGAUCAUUGUCAUCAACUUAGCUGUUGGGAUCCUUCCACACGUUGACAACUUUGCUCACCUCGGUGGAUUUAUAUCAGGGUUAUUUCUUGGUUUUGUGCUGCUAAUGCGCCCGCAGUUUGGAUACAUUAACCAAAAGAACUCUCCUCUUGGAUUUCCCAUGGGCACAACUAAACGGAAGUUCAAGACAUAUCAAAUCAUACUUUGGGUUAUCGCUACAGUGAUAUUAAUUUCUGGGUUCACCAUUGGCUUGGUGUUGUUACUUAAAGGGUUCAAUGCUAGCGAGCACUGUUCUUGGUGCCAUUACCUGAGCUGUGUGCCUACUUCAAAGUGGAGCUGCAAAGCACCAAACAACUAUUGCAUGUCUUCACAGCUUGGAAAUCAAUUAAACCUGACAUGUCAAAGCACUGGAAAGGCAGCAACAUAUGUUCUCAACAAUCCAAACAACACGGAAGCAAUUAAAAACCUAUGUAUUGGCCUUUGCAGUUAAUGGUAAAUGUAUGUACUUUCUGACAAGGAAUUGAUGCCCAAAUAUGUAUGGAAGAGAGAAGAGAAGCCUAAUUUACAUCGAGCUUUUCUGGUAAUGCUUUUAUGUCUUCUAUGCUUUUGUUUUGUUGUGCAUGCUGUGUAUUCUGAAUGUCAGUUGACAGUUAUAAAGAUUAAUUUGAGGCAGGUUUCUGAAAUAUCAAUUGAACACUUGCCUUAUACCAUUAUGACGAUACAAAGGUGUCAAGCUUAAAUGUUUAUCAAGAGAAGGAAGGCUUGGUGAAUCUCUUCAAUUCUCCAUAAAAAAAAAAGAAUAAUAAGAGUAUGUGUAGUUGUGUUACCAUAUCUAGAUUGUUAUCCCGAAUAUUAGCUACAGAAAGGGAGAUGGGGGCAACCAUGGAAAACAUAUUAGGAUUUAGGACUAAGGAGUUUAUCCUGGUCAAAUAAAAUUGUCGCCAUAUAUUAUACUAAAGAUGAUUAUACCAGGACCCUAGACAAGUGUCGACUCAUGUAUGCUAUCUAAGUCCUAUUCUGCUCAUAUGUGUAUCUAGGUUAGCAUUCCUCUUCAUACUUCUCUUCCACUUUUCACACGGAUAUCUUAGUAUUUUGUUACAGACUUGUUAUGUUUGUUUUGCACUACUUUGGAUGGUCAUAGGAUGUAAAUGUUACAGAAGUUGAUGGAAGGAUACAAGUAAAGAAAAAACAAAGAAAUAUCAAAUGAAACUUGAAUGCUGUCACUGGAUCCAUUUUAUAUCCCUGGUUCCCUGCUGUUGCCGAUCGCUGUUCCUUGAUGUCAGAGAUGUAAUUCUUCCACUUGGAUUUUUUCGCCUAACCCAUCAAUGAGUUCUCAACUGCAUGACAGAUGUCAGCCCCCGUCACUUA